UCAGUAAUUAGCUUGGCUUCCAGCAAAGCCAUGCUUCAGCAUCUUCGAGAAGAACCCAUCACGACUACAUCACAUCUGUUGUAAAAUUACAUUUGGUUUUCAGUUCCCUGACAGAGAUGGGCGAGAUCAGUGAAGCGUCCUUACUGGAAUACAUCUGUUCCUCCGGAGGAAAAGUCAAAAAUUCAGAUCUGUCCAAAACAUAUAAGCAUUUUAUAAACCAUAGCGAUUUGCAGCUACGUGCCAAAUACAGAGAAGAGUUCAAACUCAUCAUUGAUCGAAUUGCGGUGGUGAAAUCUGAGAAUGGAGAGAAAUAUCUCAUCCUCAAGAAGAAGUAUAGACAGCAAAUGCAAGAGCGAGAGUCUGGCGGUGGAAAGAGAGGAGAAUCAAUCAAGCUGGUUCAUCCGAACCCACAAAAUGAUCUCCGGGUCUCCAAUCCAGUGCAGAACUGCAACCCAACAGCUCAGAAACCAGCACUGGUGGCCUGGUGCUCAGGACCCAUGAUUACAGUCACAGAGGCACCAGAACCGACUCGUACAGAUGUUCAGGCAGACAGCACCCUCUCACUGCCAGCAGCAGAGGAGAAACCAGAGGAGCUUUCAGCCUCAGACCGAGAAGAUGAACUCGACAAGGAUUCAGGGUCAAAGAGUGAAUCCGAGCAGGGUGAGGAGUGUGGAGGAAGUUUGGGAUUCACCGCUGUGGCUCAGGCAGACAGCACCCUCUCACUGCCAGCAGCAGAGGAGAAACCAGAGGAGCUUUCAGCCUCAGACCGAGAAGAUGAACUCGACAAGGAUUCAGGGUCAAAGAGUGAAUCCGAGCAGGAUGAGGAUGGAGGCAGUUUGGGAUCCACCGCUGUGGCUCUUGAUCCUCUUGAGAAAGAGUGGAUCUUCUCUGCAGCAAGUGGCAAACUGUCUCACCUCACUCAGCUCCUGAAGCAAGACUCCUCCCUGGCCAAUAAAAAGGACUUCACCUCAGGGUUUGUGAGUACAUCAUUUGUCCAUCGCUCUUCUUUAAAAGCCGCAGUGAAUAUGUCUCUGUUGUGCCCCAGUGGUAGUCGUCACAAAGGUGCUAUUUGGUUAGUGAGAGUUGAGGGUUCCCCGCCAGGCCAAAACAGGAACCUGAGGAACAAGGGUAGGAGACGUCACAUCCUGUUGGCCGUCGUCCAUCUUGCCGAGCCUCCAUGAGGCCUGUCGCGCUGUCAGUCAAGCAUGUGUGCCGGCCAAUCCAUCUCAAGGGUGCGACAGCCCAAACAAUAGAGCGGCUGAUAGGGAAACCAGACUUCAUCUAUCACAAUAUGUCCCACGGGCAGGACUGGAAACACCUACAGGAGACAGGACCCUCCCGUAGUACAGAACACAUGCUUAAGAAUACACAAUAGUGGAGAUAUGGUGCGUAUUGUGUACAGACGAAAUAGUAUGCAGUAUGCGUACAUAGAUU